UUUUUUUUUUCUAUCCCCCUUAGGGGCGAUCGUGUGGAGGUGCUAUUGGGGUCGCAGGUGCGCGAUUUCGGGCCGAAGGAGGCAGCCAGGCAAGCCGUGGCUCCAAGGACGGAAUUACCUAGCCUGUCUGUCACUGGAUGAGUGGGAGCUCAGUGAUUGGAACCACGCACGUGCUGACAAGGAGCUGUCUUUGGUUUUUGUACUUUGCAGCAUUCCUUAAAUUCUUUUCACAUUUUCUCUUACUGUAAAAACUGCAUUUAAGUUUAAAAAAAUGAAGCAGUUGAAAAGAAAAAGGAAAAGCAAUUUUAGUGUUCAAGAGACUCAGACCCUUUUAAAAGAAAUUACGAAAAGGAAAGAAGUCAUUUUUUCCAAGCAGCUCAAUACCACAAUUAACGUGAUGAAGCGAAUGGCCUGGGAGGAGAUUGCACAGUGCGUGAAUGCUGUCGGGGAAGGAGAGCAGAGGACGGGGACGGAGGUGAAGAGGAGGUACCUGGACUGGAGGGCACUCAUGAAGAGGAAGAGGAUGAAGGCCAACAUCAAGCUGGUGGGCUCAGGGUUUCCCCUCCCCUCCUCUGACUUAGACGACUCUCUCACUGAAGAGAUAGAUGAAAAGAUUGGAUUCCGAAAUGAUGCAAAUUUUGACUGGCAAAAUGUGGCCGAUUUCAGGGAUGCAGGUGGAUCCUUAACUGAGGUUAAAGUGGAAGAGGAAGAAAGGGAUCCCCAGAGUCCUGAGUUUGAGAUUGAGGAGGAAGAAGAAAUGUUGUCAUCUGUCAUACCAGAUUCCAGGAGGGAAAAUGAACUUCCGGACUUCCCUCACAUCGAUGAGUUUUUUACUCUUAACUCAACUCCUGCUAGAUCUGCAUAUGAUGAUCCCCAUUUGCUUGUAAACAUAGAGAAACAGAAACUGGAGUUGGAAAAACGCCGCCUGGAUAUUGAGGCUGAGAGGCUGCAGGUAGAAAAGGAACGUCUGCAGAUUGAGAAGGAGCGGCUGCGACACGUAGAUGUGGAGCAUGAGCGGCUUCAGCUGGAGAAGGAGCGGCUGCAGAUAGAGAGAGAGAAGCUGAGGUUACAGAUAGUGAAUGCAGAGAAGCCAUCUUUGGAGAAUGAGCUCGGUCAAGGGGAGAAGUCCAUACUUCAACCACAGGACAUAGAAACGGAGAAGCUGAAGCUUGAGCGAGAACGCCUGCAACUGGAAAAAGAUAGGCUGCAGUUUCUGAAGUUUGAAUCUGAGAAGCUGCAGAUUGAAAAGGAACGCUUACAAGUAGAGAAAGACAGACUUCGGAUUCAGAAAGAAGGACUCUUGCAGUGAUUUUUCUAGGCCUUCAUUCAGCAAAUAUUUGUAAACUUUAAGUUUUUCUUACACCAGGUGAUAGAAAGAUGGUUACUGGAUUAGCUGUGGGUUUUUUUUUUUUCUUGUCUAAUGUCAGUGUUUUUAAUAGGAAAAAGUUGUAUGUGGGUAGCUGUGUGCUUAAGUAGUAUAUUAUAUAAACACUCAGCCCUAGCAUAAACAGUGUAGCGGAAACCUAAUGUGCUAGACUCUUUAUAUUAGUAAUAUUACACAGAGUCUCGAAUAAUCUGUGCGCCCAGAGUUAUGUCUAUAUGGAAUUCUAGCCCAGAGGUUCUCAACCAGGGGUGACUUUGGCCUCCAGAAGACAUUUGGCAACGUCAGGAGACAUUUUUAAUUGUCAAAACUAGGUGGGGGCGGGUUACCACUAACCUCUAGUGUGUAGAAGUCAGGGAUGCCACUAAAUGCCCUUGAAUGCAUAGGACCCCCCACCCCCAACACACACACACAACCAUCCAACCCAAAUGUCUCAUUAGUGUUGAGUUGGGAAAACCUAUUUUAGCCUAACUGUAUACCCCUAUAGCUGUGUUUUAUAGUUUUAGAUAUUAAAACCUAAAAUAUUUAUGUGGGUAGGUACUUAAAUGGCCAAAACAUUAACUAUGAAACAUUACUAGGUAGUAUAUUGAAUAUAGGAAGUGAUGAACAUGGUAGGUAUUUUAUUCCCAUAUUUCCAUCUGGACUCUGAGAUUCAGAAAACAGUGUAGGGAAGAGGUUCUAAUGGGGUCACUUUGAAAAGCAGAACAUUCAUGUAGCUGUUGAUGCUUUAGAAGUGAGACACAAGUUUUAAGCUUUAGUUCCUUUUCUUUCAAUCAUAAUCUUAGUUUAGAUAUAAGAGUUGUUAUUUCAGCCAUCUCUUAAAGUCUUACACUAGUGAAUGAUUGAAGCUAGGGAAAAGGGUACCAAUGUAAAAAUGGUGCUGGUAGUCUGUGAGCUUGAACCCAAUGAGUGGUUGCUUGACUUUUAAAAUUAAUAACAGCUAUUUGGGAGUAGGGUAUAAGGGAGAAUAUUCUCUGUAUCAAAUAAUGAUGGUGUUGAAAUAAAGUAAUAGCUGUGUGUUAUGGAGGAAGAAGCACUUAUCACCUGCUGUCUGACCCAAUCUGUAAGGUAAUUCCUGAGAGUAGAAUCAGUAAUUGCUGAGUCUGAAGCUCCAAGAAGUCACACAGUGAGUAAGUGGCUGAUCUACACCAUAGUGUAUUUUGUCUUUCCCUCUCCCUGAGGAGCAAAGUAUUUGUUCUGAGCCCAGUGGUUUGCUUAACCUUAAGCUGAUUUUCUUUCAGUUCCCUAAAAGUGCUUUUUCCACAAUCUGAGUGAUUCUGAUGCACACUGGAGUUGAGAGUCACUGCACAAGGUCACUUUGCUGUCUGAUUGCCAGAGCUAUAUGGAGCUUUAAUACAUCUCUUCUGUUGGCAGAUCCUAUCUGCAUUGGUUCCUUGUUAAUUUAAGAAUGGCUUGAAACCAUAUGUUGACAUUUGAGUAUGAGUUUGCAAGGAAAAAAUAUACUUCUGCAUACUUACCCUGACUAAAAUAGUGUUAUUUUUGUACAUCCGAAAUAAAUGUUUCUACCUUAGAAAUGCACUUGCCUGUGCUAACUAUCUGAACAUUUGUGUUUCAGGUGAUGCUUGGUGCUCUUAGGGUGCAGGUUAUCUAGCUUGGAGAGAGCCCUGUCAUUGUCAGGAAAGAGGACAACGUCUUGGGCUACUUGCAUUACAUAUAUUAUUUUAUUUGCUCCUCAAAACAUGUUAUCUUUAUAAGAAAGGAAACCAGUGCCUCAUUGAUUUAAUUAACUAUAUCCCUGAAAAAAUUUUUAGUAAUACUCAAGAUUUAAGUAUAAGAGCUCUAAGAAAAAGCAGUGAAAGUUUGUUGUUGUAAUUUUAAAUAUUGUAGCUUUGCCAUUUGCUACUGUAAAAUUUGCCCUUCAAUUUGAUUUCCUUAUUUGUAAAAUGGGUGUAAUGAUACCUAUUCUGCCUGAGUGGCUUUUUUUUUUUUUUUUAAAGAAGAUGGUAUAGGUAGGCUAUAGAUUUUAAUUUCCUAGGGAAAGCAUGAAUAUACCAGUAAUUAAUUUUGGAUAGAGCACUCUUAAGUUAAUGGAAGUGAGAAACAAUAAAAAAAGCAUAAUAUAUUCCAGGGCUUUGGUUUAUGAGCCCUGGGUUUCUUAAUCCUGUCCCAGGUACAGAUGAGUAGGUUGAUUCAUUUCAGUAGAAAAUAAGGCUGUUGAGCUUCUGAGGAGGUGGGCACUCUCUGAUUGAGUCAUAUCUGUUAGCUAUUGCCAUGUUGCUAACAAAUCCCAAACUUGGUGCCUGGAAGCACUGACCAUGUAUUUUGCUCAAGAUUUUAGAGGAAAUUAGGCUGAACUCAGCUGACUAGUAUUGAUUGUGGCUGAGUUCAUGGUCAGCUGCAGGUUGGCUAGGUGGUUCAGCUUCUAAGAUUAGCAUGGAUGCUAUACUGGUUGAGGGAGGUGGAUGGUUGGGCUGACUGGCCCUGUGAUGUCUCUUCUCUAGCCAGGCUAGUUUGGGUUUAUUUUAGUAGGGGUGGCGGGUCCAGAAGAGAAAGCACAUGUGCUCAGUGUGUCUAGAGGCGUAUUCACAGAAGUCACGUUCCUGUCAGUUCAUGGGCCGAAAGUAAUCAUAGGGCCAAAGCAAACUCAAGGGAAGAGUCUACCUGUUGAUGAGAGGAACUGUGAAGUUGUUUCGUAAAAGAUAUUCACAUAGAGGGGGUGGGGAACUGUGGCCAUUUCACCGUCAGUCUGCCACAUCUGGUGUGCCUGGGAUACUCCUGAUGACACCAGUGGUUCUCUUACCCUAUCUGAUUUAGCAUCUGUCCUGGACAAAAAUGUACGGUCAUUGAAAUUGUACGGUCACCCUCCUAAGGAACAUCUCUUCCCAUGCCUUUUAUAAAGAUCCUGAUUUAGAAUAAGGAAGGGGCCAUACAUUUGCAAGAAAGAAAAAGGGUUCUCUGGAGCUUUUUCUUCUGUAUUAAACACUUUAAUCUCUGUAACUGAAGAGAAUUCCUGCUUCAUUUCUUUCAUUUUCUGCCUAAUUUCUGCACUUUAUAUUAGUUAGUUUCUCUCUUCGUUUUUCUACCUUUCAUGCUUUGUCUCCUCUCUCCUGUGUAUAAAAGCAGAACAUUGUCCUUCCAGGAUAUUUUGAGGUAAUAGGUACCUUUUCUUAUCUUUUUUUUCCUUAACAUUUUUUUUGUUUGUUUUGAACCUAGAAUGAUUGUUACUUGCUGCUUUCCAUUUACUUUAACAUUAUACUUUCCCAAAAGUGAAUUUAAUUUUUUAAAUGUUUCUAGUUUGUCAGGGCUUUCUAAUCACUAUCCUCAGAUGUGAAACUGUAACUUCUAAAGCUCCCUGAGUACUAGCAUCUGUUUUCUUUUUCUACCUCUAACUUCUUUUUGACAUGUGCCGAUCCUUUAUAUGCUUACCAGGUAGUGUUUUGUGCUGUGCCUUAAUUAAAAUCCAGAUGAGGAUUGUCUGUCAAAUGCAUCACUUUGAAAAUUUCCCCCAGUGCAUAUUGAAAGGGGGUUAGCCUAUACAUAGCUGGGAGACAGCUGGAGAAGAGCAUACCUUCUUGGAAAAAAAAUAGGUAAAUUGGUUGUUUACAUCUCAGAAGAUUAAUUUACUACUACCACACUGUUUGCAUGGAGACUUACGAGGAAACAAGACAUGACAAUGAUUAUAAAAUUUGAGUUUUGCUAUAGUCCCAGCUACUCGAAAGGCUGAGGCAAAAGAAUUGCCUAAGCCCAAGAGCUGGAGGUUGCUGUGAGCUGUGACACCAUGGCACUCUACUGAGUGCGACAAAGUGAGACUGAAAAAAAUUUUUUUUGAAUUUUGAUAAAUAUAUAAGGAGAACUUUUUCAAUGGUUUCAUCAAGGAAUACUCUUUAUUUAUCAUUUAUUUUUCUGAUGUGACCCAUACAUCUUUAAAAAUAGUAAAUUAAAAUAUAAAGUCCAUCAACUUUUUUUUAUUAAUUCCCUUCAAAUUUAAAUCUCCAGGUCCAACAUUUGAGCUGAAAUAUAAAGCUGUACUUACAACUGUUACAAGCAUCGCACCCUGUGUAUUUUGCUGUUUCCUUAAAUACGUGGUGCAUGCCAGAAGCAAAUUCAUCAGCUCCUUUCUUGCAUGUAAAUCCUCUCCCCUCUGCAGGGGCACCAUUUGUGCCAAGUUGUUUGGGAAUUUUAGAAGUGUCUUUGAAUCCUUUGCCUUCUUCACACUACCAAAGCUGUUGAAGUCCUGUCUUCCGCUGAUGCCUCAAGUCAGCCACUUCCAAUCUCACACAUAGCCCUUAGCACCGGGGCACCUGUAGCCUCUAUUCCAGCAGCCUUCCGUCUCUUGGUCCCUUCCUAGCUAAACUUCCCUGUAUGACACCUCCAGAAUAGAUUUGCCAAAGUCUUCUUUCCUUAUGUCUUGAGAAUUGACAAUAUGUCAAGUAGUGGAAGAGGAGCAAAGCUCAAGAAAGACCAGAGGUCUGGUUCCUGCUGCACUUCAGUUGGGUGGGUGGUGGGGCCGUCCAUCUCUUGAGCAUCACUGUUCUCACCUGUGUUAUAUCUACAGGGCACUUAUACUACAGAUACGUCUGUGUGUCCUGCCUAACUCUUACCAUGUUUGGAAUAAUAUAUGAAAACGCAGUUUAAAACUAGAAAUCAGUUUAAGGUAUUACAAAUUUGUUUUUCCCAUGAGUCUCCCAUUCCCUUCUGUAUCAAGUAUAAAGUCUGCAAAUAUCCUUUGCCUACCCUAUUUAAGGUUUUCUCCUACCAACGUAAUUAUUGUGACACUGCCCUACAAAUAAGCCGUGCAUUUUUCUUGCCUUUGAUCACUUGGCUUUCACUCUUCAUCUUCCUGUUUUUUAUCCUAGAGGAACAGUCAGCAGAACAAAACUCUCAGAUUGAGGGGCUUUGUCUUUUCAUUUCUACUACAGUUUACCACAAUUUAAAAAUAUCAAAAUGAAUUUUGCUGAGUAAAAUUGGAUUAGUUUGUUGUAAUAUUGAUAUCACAUCUUUCAAAGUCUCCUUGGAGAUCUUUUGAAUAAAAUUGUUGAAAGUCUACAUCAGAUUGUGACUCGUGUCUCUUGUCUGAGUACUGCUCCUUGCCACAGUACUGUCCUGGCAGCUGUGUGUGUGUCUGUGACUGUUCUAUUGGUUGUUCUGUGUGUACUUGGACCACGAGUGUUCAUGAUUGGGCUUUGUAUUCUCAGAAAUAACUGUCUCUUUCCCAGUAAAGGUGAUCUGUAUCCUGACCAGGAUCUAAUGUUGUUUUGGUGAUUUUGCAAAGAAAUAGGAUGACAAAGAUUUUAAUUCCUACAAGCUCGCUGUACACUCUGGUGUGCACCUAUGAGUCUGUUGUUGGGUUUAGAGUCCUCUUUGCUGCCUAUGCUAUUUCCAGAUUAUAGAUCCUCCAUUCUUUCACUAAAAAAACCAUACACCUUUGAAGCUGGUGGCUGUAGAUAAAACCACCUCCCUUUUUUUUAUUACUUAUUGUGCUUAAACUUUAUUCACUGGAAACUUUUCCCCUGACUCAUCUUCCCAUCUACCGUGAUCAUCCUAGGAACUUCCCUAGUAACCAGUGUCCAGAUGGGAGAAUCUAUGAAAGCUUUAGCCACUUAAUCCUGUCUUCAACAUCAGUUCCACCUCUUCCACUUGACCUCAAAUACCUGCUCUUGUUCCAUAGUAUUAUUUUGGGUCAAUUCAUCACUGCUCCUCCAUAAUAAUGAAUUCAGACAUAAACUCAUCCAUUACAAUCUGUGAUCCUCCCAGCUUGCAAGUUUUUUCAUCAGGACUUGCAGUCCCAUGACCCCUCCAAUUUCUUUUAUCACAACUAUCCUCUCCUGCCUCAGAUUCCAUGACCACCAUUUUACAUACCGGGGUAGAUUGGUGCCUCUCUAAAUUCACAGCUCUAUCUGGGCUCUCAGUAAUACCUGUCAAUAUUUGAUCUUUUAGCCUACCCUCACUUCCACUUUCCAAAACUAUAGUGUUGUAUGUCAAAUUGUCCCCAAAAAUACAUGACGUGGCCAUAAACACCAGGUACUUGUGACCGUGACCUUGUUUGGAAACAGUGUUUGCAGAUGUAAUCAAGAUGUAAUGCUGGAUUAGCCAAUGAGUGGUGUCUUUCAGAGGACAGGGAGAUUUGGAGACAAGGAUACACACAAAGACAAAGGACAUGAAGACAAAAGCAAAGAAGUGAUGGAGCUACAAGCUGCAAGGAACACCUUUAUCGGUAACUACCAGAAGCUACAAGAGAGACAUGGACAGGUUUUCCUUCAACCACCA